GCUACCUUUCGCUCCUCCCGCCAACAACCUACGCCAUCUGCCUUCCCGUCCGCUCGAUAUACCCCAGACCCUCCUCCGCGCCCGCACCCCCUUCUCCUGUACCUGCCGCAGCCCCGAUCGCCCGCCGCUCCUUCUCCAGCAUGUCGGCACGACCGCAACAGGGCGGCCGCCCCGGCGGCUCCAGGUUCGCGCAGUUCAAGCUGGUGCUGCUCGGUGAAUCCGCCGUCGGAAAGUCUUCGCUGGUACUGCGUUUCGUCAAGGACCAAUUCGACGACUACCGGGAGUCCACCAUCGGCGCCGCAUUCCUCACCCAGACCAUCGCCCUCGACGAGUCCACCACAGUCAAGUUCGAGAUCUGGGACACCGCCGGCCAGGAGCGCUACAAGUCACUCGCGCCCAUGUACUACAGGAACGCCAACUGCGCCGUGGUAGUAUACGACAUCACACAGGCUUCGUCGCUAGAUAAGGCGAAAGCCUGGGUAAAGGAGCUGCAGCGCCAAGCGAACGAGAACAUAAUCAUCGCCCUUGCCGGCAACAAGCUCGAUCUUGUCACCGAGUCGCCCGAUAAGCGCGCCAUCCCCGCCGCCGACGCUGAGCAGUACGCCCGCGAAGCCGGCCUCCUUUUCUUCGAGACCUCCGCAAAGACCAGCGAGAACGUGCGGGAACUCUUCACCGCCAUCGCUAAGAAGCUCCCUCUGGACCAGGGCGGUCCGCGAAACCUCCGCCCUGGCCAGGGCAGACAGAGCGUAAACCUCGGACGGGACGCGGCCCAAACCCAGGGCCCCGCAGGCUGCAACUGCUAGAGAGGAAAUUGCAUUAUUCGGUUGUUAUUCGUGCGUCUACACGAGGGGAAUAUCACGAGCUUCUUGACGCGUCUGUGCGCUGCAGCUUGGCUGUCCGCUCCAUCCCAUCGGAUAUCUUGGGUCGGUUCUUGGAGUCUACGGGUCUGUUCACUUUGCGACCAAGAGGUGAGCGUCGAGGCCACUCGACCAUUAAAUUUUAAUCGGUUUUGUCCAAGCUAGCUUUUUCUUGUUCAUUGUUAGGUAGGGUUGUCAUUUGCAAGUUAUAUCCAUCGUACAUGUCGAAUGUCUGAGUCGCACUUCUCGUUUUACCGCUGCAAUGUCCCGGUCUCCAUUGUUCGGUUUCGCUGGCAAUAGCCAAUCUCAAGUCGAUGAACC